AUGGAAUUGAUCGAGGCGGAUGAGGCCCGCGAUGUGGAGGGAAGAUUAUGUAAAAUCCUCAAAACUCCGGGAGAGAGCGCUGCCAUCUUCAUUUUCCACUUGCCUACAGGCCAUCAGCAAGUCCAGCUCAUGAAUGUGACCUUGAACGGGUGUGGCAGUAGCGAGAUGAUCGACAUUCUUGUGAAUUGGGAGGUACUGGUAGAGAAAUACUCGGUUGUUAACUCGGGUCACUCAGACGAACAAUCGUUCAGCAUUCCAGUGAAAAUGUUAAGAGCUGGGACGUACAACAGGCUGGUCAUCAGACUGAAUAAGGAGAGCAGGGAAUCCUACUGGCUGCCUCAUCUUAUCAUAUUCUACUCAGUUGUGACUAAUGAUAUCUGGAUCGACACAAAUAACUCGGAAAAGUAUAUUGAACUGGAAACAUCAGAAGAUUACAGAAAUGGGAGACCAUACAAAAUUUUUUCGACACCGAAAAGAAGUAAGGCGCAUUUUAUGAUCCACUUACCAGACAACAGACCCGCCCAGGAAGUGACGUUGACAUUAAACCAUUGUAAAACAACUUGUGGCGGAUCCAUUGAUAUUCUGGUGAAUGGUAAGGAACACCUGAUGAAUUACGAUGGCGCCUGGUGGAAGGACUUUCAGGAGCAAACUUUUCCUAUCCCUAAGAAAAUACUGAAAGCUGGAGUAAACGUGUUAACAGUGAGACUUAAUGAAGGAAGUAGAGGAGUUUACUGGUUAUCUGAUGUCAAAAUAGAAUAUUGAGAAUACCAUUCGCUUUCAAGCAUUUCUACGACGAUUUCAAAAAGUUUUGCAUAUUUUGAUUAACUCUUUGCAACUAACACAAUUGUUUAGAAACAUACCUUUAAUGUUCACGUUAUAGAAAUACAUAUUUACCAUUUCCCCGCAAGCACUCUAUA